AUGGCAUAUGCAGCCUUUACUCUGGGUAUAACACAGUGGCGAACUAAGUUUAGGGUGGAUAUGAACAAAGCUGAAAAUGCGGCAGGGAAUCGAGCUAUUGAUUCACUCAUCAACUAUGAAACUGUGAAGUAUUUCAACAAUGAAGAGCAUGAAGCCAAGGAGUAUGACAAAUAUUUGAAAAAAUAUGAAGGGGCAUCUCUGAAGACAGCUACCUCACUAGCCUUGCUCAACUGGGGACAGAAUGCAAUAUUCAGUGUUGCUUUAUCAGCUAUGAUGGUUCUAGCAACGAAAGAAAUUCUUAAUGGUAAUUUGACCGUGGGGGAUCUAGUGAUGGUCAAUGGAUUGUUAUUCCAACUGUCCUUGCCACUCAACUUCUUGGGGUCUGUUUACCGUGAGGUUCGUCAGGCGCUUAUCGACAUGCAAACAAUGUUCACAUUGAUGAAACAGCCAGCUAUUAUAAAGAAUGCCCCAGACUGUGUACCUCUACAAGUGACUCCUCAGAAUGCAGACAUUACUUUCAACAAUGUAUGCUUUGAAUACAAUGAAAAUUACCCCAUCCUAAGUGACCUAACGUUUACAGUACCGGCUGGAAAGAAAAUUGCCAUUGUCGGUGGUUCGGGUUCUGGAAAAUCGACAGUCAUCCGUCUGUUGUAUCGCUUUUACGAACCAAAGACUGGGACCAUUACAAUAAAUGGACAAGAUAUUAAUUCAGUUGACUUGGACAGCCUGAGGAAGAGCAUUGCGGUGGUUCCACAAGAUUGUGUGCUUUUCCAUGACACGAUAGCUUACAACCUCCACUAUGGUGACCUGUCUGCAGAUGCCAGCAAAGUAGAGGAAGUAGCUAAACUAGCUGAUAUCCACCAAUCAAUCCAGAGCUGGCCCAAUGGCUACGACACUCAGGUUGGUGAACGUGGCCUGAAACUCUCAGGUGGGGAGAAGCAGAGGGUUGCUAUUGCACGAGCCAUCCUGAAGAACGCACCGAUACUAGUUUUUGACGAAGCAACUUCUUCGCUAGACUCCAUUACAGAACAAGUAGGACACAUUCAGGGAUUUCCUCAAUUUCAUAUAGUCUUUAGUGGGAUUUUGAGUAAUAGUGUGGUUGGGGAGUUAAUUAUGCAAGAUAAUAAUUAG